AAACAAAUAUGUCACCGGCUAUUGGGCACGUAUGUAUGUAUAUAUCAUUUCCAUACGGGUUGGAAGUACACACGUAUAACGUGCGUGUGCGUCUCCAUCAAAAUAAAGACAAAAUAUUAAUUAAUGAGAUCUGUGUAUUAAUAAUAAUUAAUGAGAUCUGCGACAUAACCCACUGUUGGAAUUCAUAAAUUCAAAUUAUCUUUAUCUGUCGAACUGUCGAACUGCCAUCUGAAUCAGCUGAUGACUUGUAACGUAUUUCUAUUUUCAACUGAACAUUUUUGAAGGAUUCACUCUCAACAUUAAUUACCAAAUAAACAAACAAUACUUAAUUUUAUCAUUAGUGACUAAGCUCACCAAAAUUAUUAACUAUCAGUUAUCAGUCGGUUGAAUUGAUUUACUUAUUGAACUUGUAAGAAUAAUGGAAGUUUAUACUUUUGUCAAAAGUUUUCAAGAGCGUAUCAAUGAAUUUACCGAAAUAUUAUCAAGCCGUGAAACAAUUGUUCCAGCAUCUAGAAUAAAAUCAGAAUGGUCGUACCAUCUUGAGUUGGUGAUUGAACCAGUUGGUUGGCAAGCGUUGUGGAAAAUCCCUCGAUUAACUUGUCAAGAUUUACAAAUUCAUUAUCCUACUGUUGUUGUCGUAUCAGCAGAACACAUUGAUUGUUCUGAAUUGACUGUCUUUGUAAAAAUAAUUGCGGUACAAGAUGAGAUACAUUUGCCAGAAAAAUAUCAAGUACCUUUGAUUGAAUUAUAUCCAGCAAAAAAUCAAAACAACAGUACAUUAGAUAUAAUCGGUACUGCUGAAUGCAUUGAACAGUUGAGGUUUUUUUAUAACCAUCUAUGGAUGCCUUGGGAUGUUGAUGAUGAUGAAAACUUCGAUUGGGUAUUACUUCAUUUAGAAACACGGUUAAGGUUAUUUUUUGACAUUAAACGGAACAAUGUAAAUAAAGAAACUGCUGAUAUUAUAAGGACUUUAAUAAAAGAAGCUAAAGAUAUUUCUGAUAAAAUAUCUAGAUUAGAAGCAGACAUUUCUGAUGAUGACGAAGAAACAGAAGACACCAAGUUUUUGGUAGAUGAAGGAAAAACUUGUCAACUUAUGAAGCUUCACUUGAGAAUGCAACAAAUUAAAGCAGAAGUUAACGUACUUGAAAAUCCAGCAAUGAGAGAUGUACUACAACGGAAUCCUAAUUCUAACACACCAAACCGACAAGUAAAAAGAGAAGAAAGUCUAGAUAGAAAACCGGAAGCUUUUGUCGUUUGGCGAGGAGGAUCGUUGGAGGAUACAAUUAUAAGCUUAAAAAAAGUUGAUAAAUUUGUGACAAAAGAUACAUUUAUCAAAAUUACAGCAGAUUUACAAGAAGCAUUAGAUGCUUCUGAGACAAAUGAUAAAGUAUUUGUAACAGAGGGAGAACAUUAUAUUUCAGGAGCUGGUGGCUUAGAGUAUGGAGGCACUAUUAAAAGUAUUGGCAAUAGUAUAAAUACGAUUAUUCAUGCUAAGGAAAAUGUCUGCUGUUCAUCUUUAUUUGAUUUUUCUGGAGAGGAGGUGGUCUUAGAUAAUGUUACUGUUGAUCUUGGUGAGCUUCUAGUGGGAAUUUUAGCAAGGAAAGGCAUCAUUAGGCUAAGAUAUUGUAAAAUAUUUGCAUCGAAUCAUAGCGUUAUGAAACUAGGAAUUGUUGUAUUGCCAAACAGUAAAUUGAUUGCUGAAAAUACAAUUUUUGUGAAUCUUGGAACUGCAGUUGUUGCUCAUGCUGAUGGAGAAGUUACUUUAAAAGAUUGUAAAUUUGAAAAAUGCACGGAAGGCAUUCAACUCCAAGAUGAAUCGCGAAUCCGCCUCACAAAUUGCUGUUUAUCAGGCUUUAUGGAGUACGGCAUUCGCUUAGAAACCCAAAAAUAUCUUACCAGCGCGGAAGGGAAAAAUGGCAGUGUAAAUCUUUUAGAGGAUGUUACAGAAAUAUCCUUGAAAGGCUGCACUUUUGAAAAUAAUAUUCAAGGAGAUGUAUUAUUAAAACCUCGUACGAUGGCUGUUAUAAUACCGAAUAAUGAAAAUCCAAUGGAAUUAUGAUCUGUUAAAAUCAUCCAAUUAAUAAAUACGUUAUUUUUUUAUAAUAAUUAAGUGGUAUUUGAUAUUUUAAACAAAAGCGACUUGACAUUAAAAACUAAUUAUGUAAUUUUCUCAGUAUGUUUUGUAUCUACAAUAAAAUAAGUUUUUUUAAGUUAUUUUUAAAUUAUCUUAUUAGUCAUUAGUAAUAAACAUAACAUUUUGAAAAUGAAA